AUGUCUGGGGGAGUUGGUCCAACAGUUAGCGAUAUCCGUCUUACCAAAGAAGAAGAAGCAGCAGAAGGAAAAGGGCAUCUGAAAUCGCAAAAACAGAGCACCCGUAGAGGUUUCUUAUCAUUUCGACAACUCAAUGCUCUCGCCAUUAUAGUCGUCUUCUCAGCAAGUGGAAUGGUAGGCAUAGCAGAUUUAGCUUUCACAGUCUUGAGCCUUAUCUAUGUGUUCUUCCUGUCAAAAGUCGCCUUCCCUCUUCUGGGUUCUUCCCCUGACCCUCCAGUUUUUGGUCAGAGCAAUAAAACUCUGAAUCUCUACGUCUCCUUCGCAGCCGUGAUUGGGCUUUUCCUCCCAAUUGCUUACAUCUUCGAGGGAAUCUUGGAAGGCGAUAAAGAGGGUAUCAAAGCAGCCGCUCCUCAUGUCUUCCUUCUAGCCAGCCAAGUUUUUAUGGAAGGUUUAACAUUCAGUGCCGGAUUAUCGCUUCCGAUCAGGGCUUUUGUGCCGGUGUUCUACAAUUCGAUGAGGAUUUUCACGCUUUUCGAUUGGUUGAAGUCUGAGAUCGAAAAAGUGGGUGAAGGGUCUGGUGGAUCGGUCAGGAGAGUUUAUUUUGGAAGAGCACUUGCAGUGGCAAAUCUUGGGUUUUGGUGCUUUAAUCUGUUUGGCUUCUUGUUGCCCGUUUACCUCCCUCUAGCUUUAAAGAAAUAUUAUGGGUACAAGGAGAAGAUUUGA